AUGGCUCUUGGACUCGCUUCCAUAGCGGCAGUAGCUGGAGGAAUCACGCACACACCGAUAGCACUACUCACUCUCAUACCACUUAUAGCUGUAGGAGUCAAUUACUAUAGAUACCAAAGUGUGGAUCCGGAAUCAAAACCAAUAGACGAAGAAACAAUACGACGCUACUAUGACUUCGUGGUCAUUGGUGCUGGUUCGGCUGGUGCAGUUAUGGCUUCACGACUUUCGGAAAUGGCAGAUUGGUCCGUUCUUCUGCUGGAAGCGGGAGGCGAUGAAACGGAGGUGACCGAUGUUCCUUCGCUAGCAGGCUAUCUUCAGUUGACAGAGUUCGACUGGAAGUACCAAACAACACCUUCAGGGGACCGUCGGUAUUGUCAAGCGAUGAUAGGCGAUCGGUGUAAUUGGCCUAGAGGAAAAGUAAUGGGAGGUUCAAGUGUGCUAAAUGCGAUGGUGUAUGUGAGAGGUAACCGGAAGGACUACGACAGUUGGUUAGAACAGGGAAAUAUUGGUUGGGAUUACGAAAAUGUUCUACCGUACUUUCUUAAAUCCGAGGAUAACAGAAAUCCCUAUAUGGCACAAUCACCGUAUCACGCAGUGGGAGGCUACCUGACAGUCCAGGAAGCACCAUGGAGAACGCCAUUAUCCGUAGCGUUCGUUCAGGCAGGCCAAGAGAUGGGAUACGAAUACAGAGACAUCAAUGGAGCGGAGCAAACUGGAUUCAUGCUACUGCAGGCAACAAUGCGACGUGGUAGUCGCUGUAGUACAUCGAAAGCAUUCAUACGUCCAGUACGGUUAAGAAAGAACUUACACGUAGCCAUGCAUGCCCAUGUUACGCGCAUACUUUUCGAUAAAAACAAUAGAGCAUAUGGAGUGGAAUUCUCACGCCACAACAAAAGGCAGCUGGUUUUUGCCAAGAAGGAAAUUAUACUAUCAGCUGGAGCGUUGAACACUCCACAAAUCCUGAUGUUGAGUGGCGUGGGCCCGGCAGACCAUCUUGCUGACUUAGGCAUUCCAGUUUUGUCGGAUCUUCCCGUCGGGGACAACUUGCAAGAUCACGUUGGCUUAGGAGGCUUAACAUUCGUGAUAGACGAACCAGUGACUGUGAAAACAUCUCGUUUCACGACAAUACCAGUAGCAUUUGAAUAUCUCUUCAACGAAAGGGGUCCUAUGACAUUCCCAGGAAUAGAAGGUUUAGCUUUCGUCAACACCAAAUACGCGGAUCCGUCGGGAAAAUGGCCGGACAUCCAAUUUCAUUUCGGACCAAGCUCGGUCAAUUCGGAUGGAGGGCAGUACAUCCGAAAAAUUCUCAACUUACGGGACGGCUUCUACAACACCGUGUACAAACCUCUACAAAAUGCCGAAACCUGGACGAUUCUACCUCUUCUUUUGCGACCGAAAAGUACCGGUUGGGUACGACUCCAGUCGCGAAACCCCUUCGUACAGCCCGCAAUUGAACCGAAUUAUUUUGCCCACCCAGAAGAUGUUGCAGUUCUUGUGGAGGGCAUUAAAAUAGCGGUAAACGUGUCCGCUACUCAAGCAUUCCAACGCUUUGGGUCACGGCCGCACAAGAUCCCAUUACCUGGCUGUCGACAUCUGCCGUUCAUGUCCGAUGAGUAUUGGGCAUGUUGCAUCAAACAGUUCACCUUCACUAUCUACCAUCCGACGGGAACUGCAAAAAUGGGACCAAGCUGGGACCCUGGCGCAGUGGUUGAUGCACGAUUGCGAGUAUACGGAGUGUCCGGAUUGAGAGUGGUAGAUGCUAGCAUUAUGCCAACGAUCAUCAGCGGCAAUCCAAACGCACCAGUGAUCAUGAUCGCCGAAAAGGCAGCUGACAUGAUUAAACAAGACUGGGGUCGCUGGUGA